AUGGAAGACGUUAACCAGUUGUUCGAUGCUGCUUUCGAGUUCGCGAACUCUCCCGGUGCUCAGAGCGAAACCUCGGUUAAGGAACUCCUCGAUCGCUUCCCUCUUCCCGUUAUUUUCAAUGCUUUGCAAACUGAUCCUGAUAUCCCAACUUUUGAGAAAACGCUUGUGACUUGCUUGGAAAGGGUUUUUAAGACUAAGUAUGGCGCAACACUAAUUUCUCAGUAUAUGCCUGUUCUGCAAGUUGGUCUCAAGGCGGAUUCUGCAUCUGUGAAAACUCUGGCUUGCAAAACUGUCACUUUUCUCUUGGAGAAUUCCGAUGCGAACGAUGUGUCCCCUGUUCAGCUGGUUGUUAGCAAUGGCAUAUACCCUCUUCUGCUUGAUUACAUCAUUAAAAGCGAUGAUGAUGGGGCACAUGCUGCAAGUGAGACAAUUAUGAGCCUAGCACGCUUUCCAGAUGCAAUGUCGGUAAUUUUCCCUGCUGAUCACAAUGAUGCUACACACCUUGGUAACAUUGCUGGAAGGUGUUCCUCACUGGCACGAGUCCGGGUAUUGGCUUUGAUCGUGAAGCUUUUUUCGAUUUCUCGAGAUGUGGCUUCGGCAGUUAAGAACUCGGGGCUUCUUGAUUUACUGGAGGCAGAAAUUAAGGGUACAAAAGACACUCUUGUGAUCUCAAAUGUUCUGGAACUCUACUAUGAGUUAAUGGAACCGGAGCACAGUUCAGAGUUUGCACCAAAAACUUCACUUAUUCAGCUGUUGUGUUCUAUCAUCAGUGAUAAAUCAGUGGAAACCUUUGUGAAGAUAAGAGCAAUGAUGAUAAGCGGCAGGCUCCUCUCGAGGGACAAUAUCUAUGAUGCCGUAGAAGAAGCUUGUGUGAAGGCGUUAAUUUCAGCUGUUGAUGGAAGUCUGGAGACACCGGAGAUGGAUGAUACGAAUGCACAAGAAACUGCGCUUGAUGCACUUGGUCAGAUUGGAUCAACAACACAAGGAGCGAGUCUAGUCCUUUCAGCUACACCUCCAGCUGCAAGACACGUUGUAGCUUAUGCGUUUGAUCAUAAUGCACAUGGGAAACAGCUGGCUGCAUUGCACGCCCUGGCAUACAUUGCAGGUGAAGCACGGCCUAAGAGCAGCAGAAUAGUUGAUGGAAAAGCUGAAGAAAGCCUUCGAUGUUUGAUAUACGAUGCUGCAGCGCAGAGCACAAAACUAACACCAUCUGGUUUAUUCCUCUCAGUUCUUCAACAAAGCUCAGAAAUACGUCUCGCGGGUUAUAGAACAUUAACAGCGUUGGUGGCUCGGUCAUGGUGUCUGGUAGAAAUCUUGGCUAAAGAAGAGAUCAUUAACAUAGUGACGGACUCAACCACUGAAACUGCAAAAAUAGCAAUGGAAGCAAGGUACAACUGCUGCAAAUCAAUUCACGAAGCUUUCUUGUGUAGUAACUUCGUCGAUGACCCUCGUCGUCUGAAAACCGGUGAAAAGUUGCAAGAAGCUGUUCGAAGUGGACCGUAUCUGUCGAAGAAAUACAGAGGAGCACGACCUGAGGUAAUGAUGGCCGAAGGAUUCUAA